GGAGAGAGGACGUAGCCAAGGCGCAGCUGAAAGUUUUGUGCUCGCAAUGAAAGGACAGUUCCGUAAGAGCGUCACUGUCGGUUAUUAGUGUAUGAAAAAAGAACAGGAGCGUGGUUGUCGGCCUUGUUUUAGGGAGCGGGUUUGCAGGACUCGAAGUGGCAUGAAGACUGGACGUAGGCAUGUCAUGUUGCCCAAGGACAUAGCCAAGCUGGUCCCUAAAACCCAUUUGAUGUCGGAAUCUGAAUGGAGAAAUCUUGGCGUUCAGCAGAGUCAGGGAUGGGUCCAUUAUAUGAUCCAUGAACCAGAACCUCACAUCUUACUGUUCCGGCGGCCAUUACCCAAGAAGCCAAAGAAAUGAAGCUGACGAACCACCUUUCAGCCUCAAGCUUUACUCAGCUGUCCUUACUUCCUACCAUCUUGCUGAUAGCGUGAUUAUGUUGCUUUCUUAUUUCUCACUUUGAUAUUUAAAGGAUGUUCAAUACACUGUUUGAAUGUGCUGGUACCUGCUUUGCCUCUUGAGCGGAGCCACCAAUGCCACAGCCCUGUCAGAUGAGUGUGACCUCAAAGCCCGACUGUGCUCUGUAUCCAGCAGGCCAUCUUCGCCAUCUCCCAAAAGCAUGUGAAAAUCAGAUCAUGGCUCUUACAGGGAUGGUGUGAAUUUACUGUUGUGGUUUUUACUGUUGGGUAUUGUAUUUAUGGUGACUUAUUGGUUUAUGUUUCAAUGUAUUGGAAACUUUCCAUUUUAUCUGACAAAUCUCUUCCAUGUUACAAACCUUGAUUAAAGGAAGUUUUUAUAAUCUAAA